CAUUUCAAGUUGGCAUAAUUAAUGGGCGGAGUUUCGUUUGUGACUGACAGAGCUGAGACAUAUAAAUCAGCUCUCUUUCUCUUUGAGUCACUUUACCAUAAUGUUUUCAUGGGGAGAGGACUGUCAGCAGGGCUUCAGGCUGAAAGGUGUCUCAGAAGGUGAUGGAGUUCACUUUUUAAAGCUCACUUACCACAUCACAGACCUGUCUGCGGCUCACAGUGUGCUCGCCUUCGUCAAAGACAAAGGAGACGUGUUCAUCAUUCGGACCAAUGAGAGCAAAGAUGGCAGAAGAGUCAGAGGGAAACAGAAGUAUGUGAAAUGUGAAGAGAAGAUUCAGGCCGUGAGUUGUGGUGAUAAUACAGUCGUACUGCUGUCUGAGAGGGGAAAUGUUCUCUGUGUGGACACAAACCACAUUCCAUUCAAUCCAAGAACACCAGAAGCUUUGCAUAACAUACCAGUUUCUCAGGUUGCUUGUGGAAGUCAGCAUUCAGUUGCUCUGACCAAAGAUGGUCAGGUGUACACAUGGGGCCAGGACUCCAGGGGCCAGCUGGGUCUGGGGAAGAGAAAGCUGGGCGCCAACUCACCCCAACACCUCCGCUCUCUGUCAGCGAUCCCUCUGGUCCAGGUCGCUGCAGGGGGGGAGCAGAGCUUCGCCCUCUCUGUCUCUGGAGGUGUGUUUGGCUGGGGCAGAAACGACUGUGGACAGCUGGGGCUGGGAGACACAACAGAUCGACACACACCAACCUCUGUUCAUUACCUGAACAUGAAGAAAACUGUUCACAUUUCCUGUGGAAAGGACCACACUGUCACAUUGACAAAGGAUGGUGUAGUGUUCACAUUUGGCUCUGGUCAAUAUGGACAGCUUGGGCACAACUCAUUCAGCGAUGAACUACGACCUCGGAUUGUUGCGGAGCUCUGGGGCGCCAAAGUCACAAAGACUGCAUGUGGACGGCAUCACACAUUAGUGCUGACAGACUCCAAGAAGGUCUACUCCUUUGGGUGUGGAGAGCAAGGCCAGCUGGGGCACGGAGAGGAGACUCAUCCGUCUGUGCCGCUACCUGUUCAACUGCCACAGACCUCUACCGAUGGUCUUGUAAUUAGAAACAUCUACGCAGGAGGAAAUUGUUCCUUUGCAACAUGCACAUCGUUUCAGGAAGUUCACAAGGAGUCAAAUGUUGACAAAGCCAACAAUGUAAGACAGCCUUGUCUUAAUGGCAUGAUUGACAAGUGGACCUCUGAAUGUGAUUCAAAGUCAUGGAAAAAGAUAAAACAGGAAAUCCACAGGACAUUUUCCUCUGCAUCCUAUUUAAAUCAGUGUUUCCUUGACCAAAGCACAGAUAAGCAUUUCCAGACCUCACCAAACUACUCUGGCUUGAACUUGUCAUAUGCACGACUUUCUUUUAAGAAACUAGUGAAGAAGAAUGAUGUUGUGGCAGAGGUUCAGGCUGCUGUUCUACAGUUGCUUCCCUCUCUUGAUGAGAAACCAGUGGGAGUGGAGGGGUUGAGGAUCUUCUUGCUUCUCACUGAGCUUCUGCAUGUGAUCCAGAAACACACCAGGCAUCAGAGCACUGAGCUUGCAGAGAAAGUUGCCACUGCGAUACAAAGACUCUCUGCUGAAAGCCUCCAGGUCACAGUGGACUGGUGGUCCUCCCUGUCGCGUUCCACCAUGGUUAACCAUGUUAAGGUGUGGAGAGAGGCCCUCUCAGCGAUGCUGUCCGUUAAGCCUGUACAUCGCACCGCAGUGACAAACCUGCUGCGAGUACUCCAGGACAUGUAUAAUGCCAACAACAGGAUUGCCGGACAUCAGAGAAUCCCAGAAAACACUUUUUGUUUGGUGAUUAACCAAACAUUUCUUGAAGAGGAUGUGAAGCGGUGGCAUUCAAAGGUAAAAGUGAAUGCAAGUGAUCAGCCACUUUUCCUUGGUAACUUCCCAUUUUUGAUGCAUCUAGAAUCAAAGAAACGGGCCUUUGACAUCAGUACUUCAUACACACAGAAUGAACACCAGAGAGCUUCAGAAAUGUUUGUGUGGCCCUUUGGAUGGAUUCCCAACUCUAAUCCUUAUUUUGAACUGAGGCUGAGUCGAAUGUCACUUUUGCAAGACGCCCUCGCACAACUGGCUGCUGCCCAUCACAGCAACUUCAAGAAGCCCCUUGUGGUCUAUUUGGAUGAAGACCCAAAGUGCACAGAUGUCUACAAACGAGACUUUUUCCACCACUUGUUUCAUGCCAUGGUGUCAACUGAAUAUAAGAUGUUCUUGAUCAAUGACGCCAAAACCUUGGCAUGGUUCCCCUCCAGAGCAACAGAGGAGGAGAUGACAAACUUCUUCCUGUUUGGGAUUCUGUGUGGGUUGGCCUUGUACAAUCAGAGUAUCAUACACUUACCCUUCCCACUCGCUCUGUUCAAGAAGCUACUCGAUGUAGAGCCGACUCUGGAGGAUAUGAAGGAAUUCAGCAGUGUUGGAAAGACUCUACAGGAUGUCUUGGACUAUGAAGAUGAGGUCCUAGAAGACAUGUACAUGUGGUUUUCGAUAACCUGGGACGGGACAGAAGUUGAACUCGAUCCCCAAAAUCCCGGAAAACCAGUGACAAGUGAGAAUAGGAAGGAGUUUGUGGAUGCCUACGUGAAUCAUGUGUUCAACACGUCCGUGGAGGGUGUCUUUCGGGAGUUCAAGCGAGGCUUCUUCCUGGUGUGUGACCGAGAUCUGGUGAAGUUGUUUCGGCCAGAGGAGCUGCAGGGGGUGUUGGUGGGUAAAGUCGUCUAUGAUUGGACAAAGCUGAAACAGAACACAGUUUAUGAGUGGUUCUACCAUGUUGACCACCCCACCAUACAGAUGUUUUGGGAGGUUUUUGAUGAACUGACUGAAGACCAGCGGAAAGAUUUCAUUUGGUUCCUGACUGGUUUUAGGAAGGUUCCUGUUCUUGGCAUGGAUCAGAUCAGGAUGUACAUUCGACUUAAGCUUGUCCAGAGCGGUUCUUACGAUCAGCACUUCCCUGAGUCUCUGACAUGUCACUCUAUUCUGGAGCUGCCCUUAUACUCGACUAAGGAGAUCAUGCGAGACAGGCUGACAGAGGCCCUGAUACCAGAGACAAGAUUCUCGCUUUGAUGGUGGACAAGAACAUGUAGUGGAUCUGUGCACGGAAUGGGUGGGCCUGAUUAUUAUUAUUCUGGGUUACAUCAAGAUAAAAAACUCAAAUCACUGACUUAAGAGUUUACAUUAUAAAGAUGAUUAUGCUAUAAUUUAUUACAUUGAUUCAUUACGUUUUCUUAGCAAGUAUAAUAUAUAUCUAUAUAUAUAUUUUUAUGUUAAAACAUAAGUAAUGUUUGCCAGUUAGGUAGGUUGGUAGGUGCACUUUACUAAAUCUAAAGCAAGCCAAUAGAACACUUCUAUAUUAAGUGAUUAUGAAGAUUCUAAUGGUCUGGCUAAUUUUGUCAGGUGUCAGCUAGACUACGUGGUAAUUUGAGUUUGCAGUUUGUCAUUCUUUUGAGUUAUAGUAUAAACUGAAAGUAAAGGGGUUGCACUAAUGUUAUUAUUACAAAUGGAUAAGCCAAUAUGUAAAUUAGGUUUGUUGUUAGAGAGUAUUCAACCAUUUUUUUAAAUUAUUUAUGUUUCACUUCAUCCUUUUGGGGGGUGUUGUUUAGUCAUCACUGUACUGUAUUAAUUUGCUGAAAUUAAACAAAAACAAUUUAUUCUAUUUUUUAUUUGCAGAAAAGCUGCAAAGUUGUCUUUUCGCUGAGGUGCACUGAGCUUACUUUAUAUGCAGCUGUUUUACAUCUGAGGUGAAUAUGAUGGGCUAAUGAUGCUUCAUACUAGUUACAUAACAUCAAAGCAGUAUGUAGGUUAUGUGUAAGUACUGUAUGUCUUUUUGGUAAAGAAUGAAUGUAGACAGGUUUACUCCAUACAAUACUGUGAGUGUAUACUACUUUACGUAUAUGGUAGACAAGGGAUUGACCACUGUAUGAUGUACUGCAGUGUUGUUGUUCUCAGUAUUACCACCAGGUGGCAACAAAAUCAAAUUUCGAAUACUUCUCUGCGGCUUGAAUCGAAAUAUUGCAAGUACUUUACGCUGAAAGAGAAUAUGUGAACUUGAAUGGAGCAGAUAUACUGUCAGAUGUCUAUAAUAUGCCAGUCCAGUUUAAAGGACAGUUGGAAGGGGCUUCAUAAAUCUAAAUCAACUAUUAAACUGUAAUUGCAUUUUA